AUGUCCUUAUUAACAAAUAGGAAAAGACCAAGGGGUUAUAGUGAAAAUUUUGUUAAUCUGGAUCAAAAUGUUAUGAAUGUAACUUAUCAACAACAAUUACAACAUCAACAUAAUCAUCAUCAACAAUUACAACAACAACAUCAACAAGUUCAACAACAAGUACAACAACAAUUACAACAACAACAACAGCAUCAACAACUGAAUCCGCAACAAUUGCAGUAUCAACAACAGCCACAACAAUUUAAUCAUGUUCUUAAUCAACCUCAGCUGCUACAACAACAACAACAACAACUAAAUUAUAAUUCAUUCAAUAAUAAUUCUAAUCAAUUUACAAAUCAAUAUGAUACAACAAUAAAUGAUUCCUCAAGUUUAUCAUCCUCAUUUUAUGAAACAAAUUUAAAUAAUAAUUAUUUACAACCAAAAAAAUCAAAAUUUAAUAAUCCAUUUUUACUGGUUGAAGAAAAUGAUGCAAUAAUAGAUGAUAAUGAAGAUGAUAUAAAUACAUUUAUAUUAGAUGAUAAUGAAGAAGAAGAAAAUACUCAUGAAUCAAAGAAUCUAGAGUUAGAAGAAGAAGAUGAUGAUUAUGAUGAAGAUGAUAUAAUAAUAAUUGAUGAAAAAAAUAUUAUACCGAAAAGUAAACGAAAUAAUAGUGAUUCAAUAUUAAUAAAUAGAGAUGCUCAAUUAGCUUAUAAUUUAUUUAAUGUCAAUAAUCAACAACAACAACCACAACUUCAACAAAUACAGCUACCUUUAAAUUCCCCACAACAACAAUACUACCAAAAUCAAGAAGAAUUUGAAAUUGAUGGUGGUAACAAAUUAACAACAAAAAAGCAAAGAACAAGUUCAUUACCUCAAUUACCUCAAGUUAAAUGUUUUUAUAAUAAAUUACCAAAUAAUUAUAUUUUACAAACUCCAAAAUUAGGUAAUAUAAAAACAAAUGUAAUCCCAUAUCAAUUAAAUUUACCACCAUGUGAUGAUGAAAAUGGUCAUUAUAUAAUAAAAUUAAAUGAUACUUUUGCAAAUAGAUUUAUUAUAAUUAAAUUAUUAGGUCAAGGUACAUUUGGAAAAGUUGUUCAAUGUUAUGAUAAAGUAAAUAGAGAAAAUGUUGCAAUAAAAAUUAUAAGAAAUAUUCAAAAAUAUAGAGAUGCUGCAAAAAUUGAACUAAGAAUUUUAUCAACCCUAAAGAAAUUUGAUAAUCAAAAUAAAAAUCAUUGUAUUCAUUUAAGAGAAUGUUUUGAUUAUAGAGGUCAUAUAUGUAUUGUUACAGAUUUAUUAAAAAUUUCAUUAUAUGAUUUCUUGGAAAAUAAUAAAUUUAUUUCAUUUCCUGGUAGUCAUAUACAAGCUAUUGCAAAACAAUUAAUUAGAUCAGUUACUUUUUUACAUGAUUUAAAUUUAAUUCAUACUGAUUUAAAACCUGAAAAUAUUUUGUUACAUGAUGAUUCAUUUAUAAAAAAGCAAAUUCAUAGUUCAACUAUUACUUCAGCAUAUAUGAAAUUGGGAAAUAACAAUAAUAGCAAAAAGGAACCAAAAUAUUCAAAAGUCUUGAAAAAUCCAUUAAUUCAAAUUAUAGAUUUUGGAAGUGCAGUUUUCAAUGAUGAAUAUCAUUCAUCAAUAGUUUCAACAAGACAUUAUAGAGCACCAGAAAUAGUAUUAGGAACAGGCUGGUCCUAUCCUUGUGAUAUGUGGUCAAUUGGUUGUAUAUUAGUUGAAUUAAUUAUUGGUGAACCCCUUUUCAAAACUCAUGAUAAUUUAGAACAUUUAGCAAUGAUUGAAAAAAUUGCUGGAUAUAAAAUUGAUAAAGAAAUGAUUAAAUUAUCAAAAUUAAAAGAAAAUGAAUGUGGUUUGGAAUUUUUUACAAAUGAAUAUAUUGUUAAGAAGAAAAAGCAUCAUCAUCAUCGUGGUCAUCAUAAGAAGUAUUUUUCUGGAAACGGUGGUAGAAAUAAAAAAAUGAGAAGAAGAAGAUUAUCAAUAAAUAAAUCACCAACUAAUAAAUCUUCAUUGUCUUCAUCUACUACAACUUCAACUACAGCAACAAGAACUUCAUCAACAACAACAUCAGAAGAUAUUGAAGAAAUUUUAGAAAAUCAUCAUCAUCAUAAUCAUAAUCAACAAAUAAAUCGUGGUCCUACUAAUCAUUUAUAUGAAGAUUCAGAAUAUUCAGAUGAAUCAGAUGAAGAUGAGGAAGAAGAUUUAGAAGAUUCAGAUGCUUCGGAAGAAGAUGAUGAUAACUCAGACAACUCAGAUGAUGAUGAUGAUGUAAUAUUCGAUGACGCAAAAACAUUAGAAAAUUCAUUAACUUUAAAAUUCCCCACAUCACAAACUCCAGAAAAAUUUAAAAUUUCAGUAUCAGAAUUAUCAAGAAUUGAUUUAUUUAUAUCAAAAAAGAUAGGGUUAUUUAUAAAUUUUAAUUAUUCAUUAAAUUAUAAUUUUGAAAGAAACAAGAACAAAAUAGAAUUUGGAAAUUUUACAUUUUGGUGGUUUUUUAUUGAUUUAAUGAAAAAAUUAUUUAUUAUUAACCCUCGUGAUAGAAUAACUGCUUUAGAUGCUUUAAAUCAUCCUUGGUUUAAUUUGGGGAUUAAAGAUGAAGGAACUAUUUGA